GGCGCCGAGCUGGGAGCGCAGCGGACUCCCGGAAAGCAGCGGCAGCGGCGGGAAGGGGCUCCAAGGAGCAAAGAAUGGCGGCGAGGCGCUGCCGGGAGCAGCAGAAGGCAGCGAGGAGAAGCCGUGAAGCUGCAGAGCGGCGGAGUUGUCUUUUUUCCUUGCCAGGCUUGAAUCUUCCUUCCGCCUUGCUGUGCUGUGGGGAGCAGCUGGAGGCGAUUCUCUUGCAUGAGCGAGGGGUGCAGCCUGGUUCCACCCGGCCCUGAGCUCACGGAAGGGCUGGCUGCCCGCAGGGAAGGAGCUCUGCUUGAGGUCUGCUCCUGGGUGGGCUUUUGUGUGCCCUGUUCCUCAGGAAGGGGGUGCCCUGGAGGAGGUGACCCCCACUUGACAUCGGUUGGGUAUUUUAAAGCAGCUGAGAUUAAGGAGACAUGACAAAGUUGUGCAAAUGUUCCUGGACGUUCCUAGUUCUUGAAUUGCCUAAAGGAACACAAGCAAUGCAGAGAAAGAAAGAAAGAACGAAAGAAAAAGAACAACAACACCUGUAUGUCCUGCACAGAACCCAGCUUUAAUAGAGACGAAAAUUAUUGACGUUCCUUUUUCUUCUUCUCUCAGUGACGGAAUUUGCUCUCACCUUCUCUCUCUGCUCUCCUGCUCUCUGCACACGUCUCCCCACUUCUUACAUCUUCAGUUCUUCUGUUGAACUCCCAUCUUCUUCAUCCUCUCUCUUUUUUUUUUUUUUUUUUUUUUUUUACCUUUGGAAACCUUUCCUUGAUGCGCCUUCCCUCCCUUCUCCUAUCUUUUCUAACCUCUCCUGUCUGCUGUCUUCCUCUCCUCUACUAGAUUUUUUUUCCCAUACUCUUCUCUCCCUUUUCUCUGUUAUUUCCCCUCCUUAUUCACUCCUCAUCGUUCUGCGUCUAAACUCCUCUGUUGCUCUUCUUAUUCUGUCUCCUCAAUGCUCUUUGUUCUGCAUCUGCACUCCUCUUCUACUACUCUUUCUUCUCUGUAUCCUCUCUCCUCUUUCUUCUGCCUCUGCACUCCUCUCUGCUUUGCUUUGUCCCCGGUAUUCUCACUUGUCUUUCUUCUGACUGCUCUCCUCUUCUGCUCCUUGUUGUUCCCUGUGUCAUCUCUCAUCUUCUGCAUCUGCACCCUUCUGCUGUUCUUUUUCCCCUAUCUUCUCUCCUCCUUCUUCUUACUGCACUCCUCUUCUCUUCUGAUCUUUCUUCCUUGUGCGCUCACACCUCUUCUUCAUCUACACUCCUCUUCUGCUCUUCCUUUAUUCUUCACCUGCUCUCUGGCACUGUUCUUCUUUUCACAGCACUGUCCGCUCUUCUCUACUGCUCUGUUCUUUCUCUGCUCUUCCUCUCUUCUCUCUUGCCUCUUUCCUCUCUUUCCACCUCCUGUACUUUUGCUAUACUUUUCAUACUUCUCCUCUUCAGCUCCUCUCCACUUCUGCUGUUCUGUCUUACCUGCACCCACUCAUCCCUUCUUCAGCUCUUCUCCCUGCCCGCUUGUUUUUCUUACCUUCAUCCUCUCUUUUUCUUCUCCUCCUCUUCUGCUCUUCUUUCUUACCUGUGCCUGUUCUUCACUGCUUUUGCUCUUGUCCUUCUCAGCGUCUGCCUUACCUUUAUUCUCUCUUCUCCUCAAGAUGGGGAGUUCUUGGAGUGGGUCCAGAGGAGGGCCACUAAGAUGGUCAGAGGGCUGGAGCACCUCUCGUAUGAGGAAAGGUGAAGGGAACUGGGAUCGUUUAGCUUGGAGAAGAGAAGGCUCCUUAAAGGGAGCAUCUAAGCAGGAGGGAGAAUGGCUGUUUCCGAGGGUGGGUUGUAAUAGGAGAUGCAGGAGUGGUCUUCAGGUGAGACAGGGGAGGUUUAAGUUGGAUCUGAGAAUGAAGUUUUUCCCCGAGAGGCUGGUGAGGCACUGGAACAGGUUGCCCAAGGAGGUUGUGGAUGCCGCAUCCCUGGAGGCAUUCAAGGCCAGGCUGGAUGUGGCACGGGGCAUUUUGGUCUAGUGGCUGGCAAUACUGCACAUAGCAGGGAGGGGGGUGGGAGGUGAAACU